CACCCUGACGCUACAGUGUUGGAGCUAAUGCUAGCUACUUUCAUUGGAUAAGAUUUGGCAACACUGGUUCAAACUGUUUAUGGGUUCAAACUCAUCGGCAUUUUCACGUUAAACCAAACAGAGGUAAAAGCGUUACCGAUGCGGUGGUUCGGGUUUGGCUUUAACGCAUUUGGACAGAUAUAUGUCCGCGAUAAAUUAAUUAAAGGAGUGUGUAGUGACGCUGUAAAUGAAGUCAAAGUAAGUAGUCCGACAGAGCUUGCUAAUCAGGUAGACAGAAGUGACUGCUGCUUGACGACUGAUUAUCAAAUUAGAGCAAGUUGGAGUAGAAGAGCAUCAUUGCAUUUAGAUGGUGACAGCUUUGCGUGCCUUGCAGGUUUCGUCUCCAAUGAGUCCUGUGGCAAGCCUAUGAAAGAGAGCCGUGGCUGUAAAGAUGCCAUCAUCAGUGAAUCGUACUUGACCCUCGCUUUCUCAGACAGACUUGAGUCCUGGGAUCUGCAGAAGAAAGAGAAGACUCCAUCAUGGAGCAUAAAAAUAAACCCACACCCAGAGAGCUCUGGACCCCCUGUGAAUCUCCCAUUAGUCCCUGGGGGUUACAUAGCCACGAAACCGCCCCUCUACCGCUCCUUAUCACCACACCUGAGAGCCAAGAGUCUGGCACUGAGUGCCGAGCAUGCCAUCCUUCUCACUGCCUCCGGGGCUGUGUACACCUGGGGACUGGGCAGCCAUGGUCAGCUGGGACACGGAGGCCUCUCCUCUGAGGAGGAGCCCAGGGCAGUGGAGGCACUCUGGGGGAUGCCCAUGAGCUGUAUAGCUACAGGAGGCUGGCACUCUGUUUGUAUUAGUGAUGGGGGAGACCUUUAUGUGUGGGGCUGGAAUAACAGUGGCCAGCUCGGACUUCCAUCACAAGGUCUGAGGAAAACACUGCAGCAGCAAAGUAGCCAACAAGCAGGGGCAUCAUCCCAAGAUGCCAACACAUCUCCCACUGAAGAGCCAAAGGAGGAAGAGAAACAUGAAGAGGUAUUCAUAUCGAUCCAGGCAUUCCCAGCUCUGCUGGAUAUCACGCCGUCAUGUGAAAUCAGGACAGUCAGCUGUGGCUGCCGCCACACAGCUGCCGUAACAACCACAGGUGACCUCUACACUUGGGGCUGGGGUGACUAUGGCCAACUUGGACACCAGACUUUUAUCAGUUCAGAUGAGCCACAGCGCGUGGAGUUCUUCAGGGAGCAGCAGAUGCGUGUGGUUGACGUAGUGUGCGGGGCAUGGAACACUUUUGCUGCUGGCGUCAAGGAGGAAGUAGCUUAGUCUUAAAAAUACUAUGGAAUCCCCUUGAUAAAUGUGGAUACUGGACUUUGGACAACUUACCAGGAAGUGUAAAUUAUCACAACAAAUACAAUACUUUAAAUUGAAUGUAUUUUGUAAUAUACAAGUUAUUUUAAUUUGUCUGUGUAACAAAAAGAAACUUUCUAAAUCAGCA